AUGCCUACUACAACUACCACACCCGCAAGAACUAUCACUUCUACAAAAACUACAAAACUUACAACAACUACCACACCUACAACAACUACCACACCUACAACAACUACAACACUCUCAACAACUACCACGCCUACAACAACUAACACGCCUACAACAACUACCACACCUACAACAACUACCAUGCCUACUACAACUACCACACCCGCAACAACUACCACACCCACAACAACUACCACGCCUACUACAACUACCACGCCUACUACAACUACCACACCCACAACAACAACCACACCUACAACAACUACCACACCUACAACAACUAUCAAACCUUCAACAGCUACAUUACUAACAACAACUACCAAACCUACAACAACUACUACGUCUACAACAACUACCACACCUACAACAACUACUAGUUCUACACCAACUACAAAACCUACAACAACUACCACACCUACAACAUUUACAACACCCUCAACAACUACCACGCCUACAACCACUACCACGCCUACAACAACUACCACAUCUACAACAACUACCACGCCUACUACAACUACCACACCCACAACAACUACCACGCCUAAUACAACAACCGCGCCUACAACAACUACCACACCUACAACAACUACCACACCUACAACAACUACCACACCUUCUACAACUACCACGCCUACUACAACUACCACGCCUACAACAACAACCACACCUACAACAACUACCACGCCUACUACAACUACCAUGCCUACAAAAAGUACCACACCUACAACAACUACCACGCCUACAACAACUACCAAACCUACAACAACUACUGCACCUUCUACAACUACUACGCCAACUACAACUACCACACCUACAACAACUACCACACCCACAACAACUACCACGCCUACUACAACUACCACGCCUACAACAACAACCAUACCUACAACAACUACCACACCUACAACAACUACCAAACCUUCAACAGCUACAUUACUAACAACAACUACCACACCUACAACAACUACUAGUUCUACAACAACUACAAAACCUACAAUAACUACCACACCUACAACAACUACAACUCCCUCAACAACUACCACGCAUACAACAACUACCACGCCUACAACAACUACCACACCUACAACAACUACCACGCCUACUACAACUACCACACCCGCAACAACUACCACGCCUACAACAACUACCACACCUACAACAACUACCACGCCUACUACAACUACCACACCCAAAACAACUACCACGCCUAAUACAACAACCACGCCUACAACAACUAUCACACCAUCAACAACUACCACACCUACAACAACUACUACACCUUCUACAACUACCACGCCUACUACAACUACCACACCUACAACAGCUACCACACCCACAACAACUACCACGCCUACUACAACUACCACGCCUACAACAACAACCACACCUACAACAACUACCACACCUACAACAACUACCAAACCUUCAACAGCUACAUUACUAACAACAACUACCACACCUACAACAACUACUAAUUCUACAACAACUACAAAACUUACAACAACUACCACACCUCCAACAACUACUAGUUCUACAAAAACUACAAAACUUACAACAACUACCACACCUACAACAACUACCACACCUACAACAACUACAACACUCUCAACAACUACCACGCCUACAACAACUAACACGCCUACAACAACUACCACACCUACAACAACUACCAUGCCUACUACAACUACCACACCCGCAACAACUACCACACCCACAACAACUACCACGCCUACUACAACUACCACGCCUACUACAACUACCACACCCACAACAACAACCACACCUACAACAACUACCACACCUACAACAACUAUCAAACCUUCAACAGCUACAUUACUAACAACAACUACCAAACCUACAACAACUACUACGUCUACAACAACUACCACACCUACAACAACUACUAGUUCUACACCAACUACAAAACCUACAACAACUACCACACCUACAACAUUUACAACACCCUCAACAACUACCACGCCUACAACCACUACCACGCCUACAACAACUACCACAUCUACAACAACUACCACGCCUACUACAACUACCACACCCACAACAACUACCACGCCUAAUACAACAACCGCGCCUACAACAACUACCACACCUACAACAACUACCACACCUACAACAACUACCACACCUUCAACAACUACCACGCCUACUACAACUACCACGCCUACAACAACAACCACACCUACAACAACUACCACGCCUACUACAACUACCAUGCCUACAAAAACUACCACACCUACAACAACUACCACGCCUACGACAACUACCAAACCUACAACAACUACUGCACCUUCUACAACUACUACGCCAACUACAACUACCACACCUACAACAACUACCACACCCACAACAACUACCACGCCUACUACAACUACCACGCCUACAACAACAACCAUACCUACAACAACUACCACACCUACAACAACUACCAAACCUUCAACAGCUACAUUACUAACAACAACUACCACACCUACAACAACUACUAGUUCUACAACAACUACAAAACCUACAAUAACUACCACACCUACAACAACUACAACUCCCUCAACAACUACCACGCAUACAACAACUACCACGCCUACAACAACUACCACACCUACAACAACUACCACGCCUACUACAACUACCACACCCGCAACAACUACCACGCCUACAACAACUACCACACCUACAACAACUACCACGCCUACUACAACUACCACACCCAAAACAACUACCACGCCUAAUACAACAACCACGCCUACAACAACUAUCACACCAUCAACAACUACCACACCUACAACAACUACUACACCUUCUACAACUACCACGCCUACUACAACUACCACACCUACAACAGCUACCACACCCACAACAACUACCACGCCUACUACAACUACCACGCCUACAACAACAACCACACCUACAACAACUACCACACCUACAACAACUACCAAACCUUCAACAGCUACAUUACUAACAACAACUACCACACCUACAACACCUGCCUAA